CCUUUUUUUUUGCGCUCUUCCGGGACGAGGUCGCGCUGUGACGCAUGUAACUGAAUUAGAGGUUUUGUUUUUCAGAGUUUGCUUCGGGAUCUAACAGCUUUCAGGACCAGGAAGGAUGUCUGUGACCAUGAGCAGGACCGACGGGGUCACCGUGUUCACUGUGACCUCUGACCCUGACAGCCGCUGGCCUCCGCUGUGCCAGAUCCUGAAGAGCCUUUGCUACAGCCCGGUGUGCUGCUCCGCGUCCCAGCAGCUGAGGACGGUCCUGAAGACGUCUCUGUCCGUCCUCGGGGCCGUCCACAUGAUGAUCGGCCUGCUUAACAUUGGCCUUGGCGUCAUCAUCCAGCUGUCAUACAUUACUCCUAACUUUUCCUACUUCACUUCUUUUCCCUACUGGAUGGGAUCUCUGUUCAUUAUGUUUGGCAUCAUGUGCAUUUUAUCUGAGAAGUAUCCAAGUCCAUGUCUGAUCAUGCUCAAUGUGUUUGCCAACCUGGUUGGUGCUGCUCUUGCCAUUGCUGCCAUCGUGCUCUACAGUAUAUUGGAGGGAGACAUGUAUGUGUGGCUUUCCUGCGAUGACAGGUACGACUACGGCUACUAUUACAGACGCACCACGCCAAGCCCACCAGCUGAUGCUGCGUACUUGAAGGAGAUGUGCUUGGAAGGCAAAUUGAUGAUCCGGAUGCUGCUGAGGGGCAUCACUGGGGUCCUGGUCGUCCUGUCGGUGGUGGAGCUCUGCGUCACCAUCAGCUGCGCCGUGUUGGGGAUCAAAGCUCUGAGACGCACCGGCAACAAACCAAACCAGACCUCUGAUGAGCCGGAGUAUUUCAAGCCGCUGCUGGAGGAAGUCACCACCGAUCCUACAGUCUGAACAUUUUUCACUUCCUGUAAAGAUUAAACCUGCUCUGUCAUCCCACUCAAAGGGUUAAUAUCUACAUUAAUCAUUCACUUAUAUAAGCAGCUUCUGGGUUUUUUAAAUGCAGAUUAUGCUUUUUCUAUUGUCUCCUGCACUUUUGUAUAAAAUAUCAGAUCAUUUUACUUUGAUUUUCUUGAUCAUUAAGAUGUUUUUUUGUUGUUCUAUUCUGAAAUCAGCAAAUAUUCAAUCAUAUGCAUGUGAUUUUUGUUUGUUUUAAUUCCAGGUUUCCACCACUAAAUCAUGUAAAAUAAAUGCAUGAAAACGAUAAUUUGCUGCAUGUUUUCAUAUUUUAUGUCAAGUUGCUUUAUGGGGAGAUGUUUAUGUCUCCUUACCUGUUGUUUAAAAAGCGGUAAGUAAAUAUUUGACAGCCGGAUGAGUCAGAGACACGAGUCUUGGGUUAAUUCAGGAAAGUGGAGUCAUAAAUGAAAGCUAACCGUUUUUCUUUAACGUUUCUGGAAAUAGUUUGAUCCCCUCUUUAUGGACGUGUGGAAGGUUUCAGAACAGGUUGUGAUUGUUAUCAGUUGCCUGCAGAUCUACAGGCUUCAUUUUUCCUAACUUAUCAAACAAACUGAGCUGCUUUUGGUGAGUUUUAUUCCAGAUGUUGUAUUUAAAUCAUCCAGAGAUCCUGGUGGGUUCAGAUGGUUUCUUACUUUCCCUUUCAAAAGAAUUUAAAGUCUUGUUAUACAUCAUUUUGCAAACUCAAACAUCAUUUGUUAAAUUAAUCUUUAUAUAUUGGAUUUAUAGAUAUAGAUUUUGCCUUUUUAUACUUAUUAAAAUGAUUACAGUCAGUUUAUUACUACUUAUCACAACACACAUUAAAUGAGUUUCUAUUUUUAAUAAAUUUUCAAAUUGUUUUAAUGAAGUAUUUAAAAUGUGAGAAUAGAGAUAAAUAUAACUUUAAAUCAAUUUUAAACACUUCCUGGAUGCUUUCUGACUCGUUACUUUGUUCUCGCUGCAUUUCUCCUUCCUGUAAGUAAAAGAUUUGAAACGUGA